UUUAUCGUGACCAAAAAUGGUGUGAACGGAAUCGUGAUCGAACAUUCGGUGUCGGAAGGGAUUACAGUUUUAAGAUUUUGCGAAGAAUUUCUGGAUUUUCUGAGAAAAGAUCAGCCAAAGAGAUCGUCCGACGAUCUACUGACAGUCAGAAGACUCAUCUGGGACCUCGACGAAACUGUCAAAGAAGAGAUCAAAAAUGCAUCGGUCGUUACAGACGCAUUAAUCGAUACGCUGGAACUCAAUGUUUUUAUAUUUGACAAAUACGGCAAAGGUUUGCCGAAGAAACAAAAAAUUAGUCCAGAUGUGUUCAUUCAGUUGUGUUUGCAGUUGACAUACUACAGAAUGAAUGUCACAAUGACGGCCACUUACGAAAGUGCCGCUUUGAGGAAAUUCAGAUUCGGUCGCAUCGACAACAUCCGCGCUUCCAGCCAAGAGGCUUUUGAUUUCUCAAAGUCCAUGUUAGAUCCUUCCCUGAGUCAGGCUGAAAAAUGGGAGAAAUUUCAAAAAGCCGUGAAGAAGCAAACCGAAAUUCUUCUCUACACAAUCAACGGAGAAGGACCGGAUAACCAUCUUCUGUGCUUAAAGGAAAUGGCUGCUCUACACGGCUUAGAAGAACCCGCACUUUAUCAAACAGAUUAUUACAAAGAGUUCCUGGAUUUCCGUUUAUCGACCAGUCAGCUUCCCACGACCUACGACAUCGUAGUUGGAUACGGUCCCGUAGUGCCCGACGGAUACGGAUGUUCGUACAAUCCUCAGGAGAAUCGUAUCGUCUUUUGCAUUUCGUCUUUCAAAUACGCCUCUACGGACUCGGAGAGAUUUGCACGGAAUCUGCAAGUGAGUUUGAUAGACCUGAAGGAGCUUUGUGAGAGUGGGAAGUCUGCAGUUUCCACCAGCUCACCGACAAAGGCUGCAGUUAAAGCUGAAGCAAAGUAAUUAAAUGAAGAAAAAUAUUAGUUUAAUCGGCAAAUUGGGUGUUUUCGGUUUAUGCUGCAGAAUUUCGAGUUCAAAAUUGUUUAAUAUUAAUAAUGAUUAAAAAUUCAUCUAAUAAAUUUUACGAA